UGUGCUGAUAACAAAGAUCUGUCACCGUCGCCUUUGAACUUCAUAUCACCAUCUUAUGGACGAUAAAAAACACCGUACAAACAUAGAGAUAAUGAAAUGGAAUAAACAUGGUUAUAAGGAUAUAAAUGAUGUCUGUCUUCUUAGUCUUUCUCAAACUCCGGGACAUUCUCGAAUUACCCUCUGACCUACAAUGGCUUCUGCCAAACCACAGACAGAAAGCGUUGAAAAAUUGUUGGAAAAAAACGUGAAAGGAGAAGACCUGACUGAAAUAAAACGAAUCCUUUAUGGCAAAGAUUUGCAAACUCUGAAAAUUCCUGCAGAAGCACAGACACUUGCAGGGAAACACGAUUUUGAGAUACAAGCAUACAAGUUUGGAACUAUAUUUAAAGAACAAUUACGGACACCCAGAAUUGUACGAGUGGGGUUAAUCCAGACUCAGAUUGUGCGUCCUACUAGUGACCCUCUUAAGGAACAGCGAGAGGCAAUUUAUGAUCAUGUUGCAAAAAUAGUUGAAGCUGCUGCAUAUUGUGGAGUGAAUAUAGUGUGUUUCCAGGAGUUGUGGCCAUAUCCAUUUGCUUUCUGCACACGGGAAAAGCAACCUUGGUGUGAGUUAGCUGAAUCUGCAGAAGAUGGACCCACAACACAGUUUGUGCAGAAACUAAGUCGACAGUACAACAUGGUCAUUGUAUCCUCUAUCUUGGAGCGAGCUGAAAAUCUUGAAGAUAUACUGUGGAACACUACAGUGGUAGUAUCAAACUCUGGCCGAGUUUUGGGCAAGCAUCGUAAAAAUCAUAUUCCUAGAAUCGGUGACUUCAAUGAAUCUCAUUACUAUAUGGAAGGUGACACUGGACAUCCAGUCUUUCAGACACAGUUUGGUCGAAUUGCUGUCAACAUUUGUUUUGGGCGUCAUCAUCCUCUGAACUGGCUCAUGUUUGGAGUGAAUGGAGCUGAGAUUGUUUUCAACCCAUCAGCAACAGUUGCCCCGCUUAGUGAACCCCUGUGGGGAAUUGAGGCACGUAAUGCAGCUAUUGCAAAUGGUUACUUUACUGCUGCAAUAAAUCGUGUUGGCACUGAAACAUUCCCAAAUGAAUUCUCAACAGGAGAUGGAUUACCUCCUCAUCGAGAUCUGAAAUAUUUUUACGGGUCCAGUUACGUUGCUGCCCCUGAUGGAAGUCGCACUCCGGGUCUGAGUCGAAUCAGGGAUGGCCUUCUGGUGGCAGAGCUAGAUUUAAAUCUGAAUCGUCAGGUCAGGGAUUAUACAUGUUUUCAAAUGACACAACGUUUUGAUCUCUAUGCCGAAUCAUUAGCAAAAGUUGCACAGCCUGACUAUAAGCCUCAAAUCAUACGUGACAACUGAAAUUUCAUGUGCCAAUGUCAACUGGAUCACAACCAAAAUUAUGUGUCUUAAGUGAUCAUGGUUCAGCAGAGCUUCUGUGGGUAUGUGAUAAAUUUUUUCUCAACCUCACGUGAAUAUUAUCUACCAUAUUUUUAUUGAUUUAUAUGACUGUCUCAUAAUUGUGGGGUUCUCACAGAGCAUUUUGUAUGUAUUUACAUAUGAAGACUGUGUAUUGAUGGUAAGUUUUUAUAGCUGACAUUUACAUGGGUAAAACUCAGAUUAUGUAUAUGAGUAAUGUAUAUCAUGACAAAGAUUUUCAGACAUAAAGGACAGUAAAAUUCAAGUACUGACACAUGUAAAAUAAGUGAGACAAAGUAAGAGCUCCAUAUUGCAUUGGCUCUUACAGUAAGUACUGUGUUCUGUCUUACACAAUUUACACAUUUGAUUCAAAAAGCUUGUGUUUCCCUUUUAAUAAAAUAAAUUAAUAAGCACUUACAUUAACAGUCUUGUAAUACUACAUAAGUUUUUUAAUUACAGCCACAUCCUUUGUCUCAUAAAUGAAUGCCACUGAUAAGCCCUCCUGAGGCACUACUUUGUAUCCCUAUAAGAAAACUUUUCUUGAAAGCCAGCUAUUGUAUCUUGCUUGCAUGUGCUGUUUGCUUUUAUCUCCAUUAGAAAUCACAGAGACUGAAUUAUGGAAGCUAUGAAUGAUGCAAUUAUUGGCUCAAAUUAUUUCAUCUUAUAUAUACACAAAUAAGACAGAUGUUCCUCUCACAUAACUCUUACAUUAUUUAUAUAAAUAUAUUAAAAUAUUACUAUAUUCAGGGCCUAUAGGAACAUUAACCACUUACAUGCUUGUUCAUACCAAUGAAAGAAAAAUGUUAUGGAAAGUAGGUGAUAACUUCCAAAAUAAAACUUCCUAAUUUUUUAACCACUUAAAAAAUAUAUGCAGAAUGUAAUUCUAGCACAUUCACUCUGUUAUUGUCUCCUGAAUGUUACUUCUAAUGCAGUCACAAAUAGAGUAAAACGAUUUUAAGCAAAAACUCUGAUAAAUGCAAUUUAAAUGUGUAUUUUCACUUUUUACACAAAAAACACUUCAGGUCUUAAACCACGCAGAACCUCAGCAUUCUCCAAAUGCGUAUGGAAGACCAGUGUUUGCUGUGGAGUGUAUAUUUAGGAAUGCACAAAUAACAUAAUAAUAAUAAUGGGACAUCCACUCACAUCUCUCAUUACCUCAGAAGCCACAAGACUUGUGCUACCAGUGUACUGGACAAACUGUUUUUCAUGUUCCCCUGUAAUUUUUUUUUCAAAACCUUUUUCUCUCCAAUAAAUAUUUAGUGAAUUACACUCAAUUUGCACACAGAUAUGCAUGUAAGACUUCUUGCAAAGUGGUUACUAAAAUUGUCCAAGUUAACUCCUUACAGCAGAAUCCUUCUUGAGAGCUUGUCUUUAAUUCUGUUAGCCAAGAAACUCCACAGAAUAUUAUGGAACAUAAAAGUUCAUUUAUGUGUUCAAAACAACCCACCAGUGAGCCUCUAUAUGAAAAAAUGAAAUGGCUCAGCAACUGUUCAUAAAACUUUCUAAUAUCAUAAUUUAAACAAAAUCAGUUUCUCCAUUCUUGAGUUGUUUUAUGCUUGUAGACAGAUAAGCAGAGCAAUUUUAUUGGUACCCCAAAGGGAUGCUAAUGCCCCCACAGAAGACAAUUUUUCAGUUAUCACAACAGUAAAUAUUAACUUUUACCAUACAGUAUAAUUUUGAACACAUACACAGAAACUCUCAAUUGCAUCUUACAGAACCAUGUAAACUGCAAAAUCUGACAGAGACCAGAAUUUCUCUUGGGGGGGGGAAUGCUAUACAGUGUUUAUCUGCAGGUAAGAAAGAUUUCUUAUUUUCUGUUUAGGUAUUUAACAACUUAAGGUCAUCUUAACAUCACAAAUGAGGUAAAAGAUGUCUGUAUUUUAUGAUUUCUUAUGUUGUUGAUCUGGUUGUUGAAAGUCAUGUGACUGGGACAGAAGAUGUGAAAAUGUCAUUCAGGAAGCUUAAGGGAUGAGAGGAAGAUUAUUUUGAAUUCAGAGUUGUCAUUCUUUGGAUAAAUACAGUACUGUCUUAUCUGUACUGCUGUUUUUCUUCCUAUUCAUACCUGUUCAUUCCAAUUGUACACUUUGUUUCUCACAGCAACUAAAUUUAAUUCUGUAGCUGCUCAUCCCAACAUAUUCUUUACCAUUUUUCUCAAUCAGAGACUGAAAAAAUGUCAUGAUAUAUAAGAACUUCUAAUUCAUAAAAUGUAAUCAUCCUCACAUUGGUUCCUUGGGUACUGCAGCAGCAAUGACAUGAUACAAGUAUAGAAAAUGAUACCUUCAGGUUUCUUAAUCACCAAGAGCUGACAUGUACAGGCAUAAAUCACACCUUAAUUAUGAGUUAUCUGUUCUCAUGCUUUUAUGAGACUGUCGUCUUAUUCAGACAAAAUAUCAUGGCUACUUUGAAAUAUGUACAGACAUUCCAUACUCAGGAAGCAAAUCAUCAACUAAACUGUGUGUUGACCAUUUUCAAAGAAACCAUAUGGGUAAAACCAGUACAACUUGUUAAAUUUUCUUUACUGUAAGUACCAGUAUAUAUUUACAAAAAAUUCUUACAUCUAUAAAUUUGGUUAAAUAAAGCCCUGAUCAUAUUA